AUGCAAGAUUGGCUGAUGAUUCUCGAUAUGAUGUACACACCGGAAGUGGCUGAUGAGGAUCAGCCAGUUCCUGACGAGCUUUACGAGGUGUUUUGGCAUGAUCCUAAUGGGCCCUCAGGCGUUUUCUCUGACCGCCAAGAUGUGAUGCUCACGUACAAGAUCUUCAUGUCGACGCCACUACUUCUUGUUUCCAAGGAAGUGGCUAGAGAGGCGGAGAGGGUACUGCAGGCCAAUAAACGAGGAUGGAUCAAUUACUACAACGAAGUCGCGCGAUCCAACAUACACUGCCAUCGCAUCAUUAAACCCACCAAGGCUUUCCAGUACCUUUGGUCUCGCAGUCAGGUCGUUCUGGAGAACACUACCGCGGACACCAUGUUCUUCCUGCAGAUCCUACCGGAGGUCUUGAAGAAAAGCCUUCAUAGUUUGAUUAUCACGAAAAGCUUGAUGAAUAUCGAAGAUGAGUUUUCGAUAGUACUCUGGCAAACCGACGACGAAAAGGGCGGAUCUUUCAUGUCAAAUUUGAUCAAAGAACACUAUCCCAACCUGCGAACAGUAGCUCUUGAGACACCCAGCACGGAAGAAGAGACGAGGAGCAAUCUCAACAACGGUUUCAGGAGCUUAUGCGAUAUGCUCAAGAUGAAAGAUCUAGAUACCCUCAGGUACUUCUUCAGAGAGGCUUGCUUUUCUCAAUCCGACAACUGGUUUCUCGCAGACGUGGAUCUAGAAGGGGUAGAGUUUAGCGAUGACACCGACGACUACGAGGUGGGAGAAGACGAAAUCUCGGAGCGCUACAAACAACCCCUGGAUGGCGUCGAGGAAAUUAUUUCACCUACUUCAAUCGGGUCUGCAGUAUGGCGCGAUCUCGGAAUGGAGCGCGUCGUCAAGAUCACGAGGUCGCAGACAGCAGCCUAG